AGGCGGCUGUCCAAAGCUCUCAAAAACCACACCGAGCUAGUGAGCUUGCUCGGCUCGGCAGUCUCGGCAACACAGCCGGAAAAAAUAUCCCCUUUUCUUAUCCAUGGAGGCAGCCGCGCUCACGAUACGCUCCACCUCCCAGCUGCGUCCCGCCGCCGCCGCCGCUCCUGCGCACGGCCACCGGCGGGGCGCCGCCGCGGCGGCCGUGCCUCGCCGCAGACGGGCGCCGUGCGGCAGGCUUCGGGCUUUGCCGCCGGAGCUCAGCGAGAUCCUCAGCCCCAAGCUGGUGCCCGGCUCGCCGUCCGACACCGGCGACGUCUCGUCGCUCAUCCCAGUCAGUGCUCUGAUGCUGCUCUUCUACUUCGUGUCCAACUGGGUGGUGCCUGAGUUGCUCAUGAAGCGGCUCCAGCCCAAGGCCGAGGACCAAGAGGCAUCAGCAGCGGCAUCCAUGUCGUUCUCCGGGGACGCUACCGACGGCCAAACGGACGGCGACGCCUCCCGCCCUAAGAUCCGGCUGAAGGUGAUGAAGAAGAAGAAGAAGAACAGAAAAGCGCCCGUGGAGGUCUAGCACGCAUACACAUUGUACAUGCAUGGAGGCUUCCCUAAUGAAUACAAACUAUUGACAGACAUCAGAAUAUGUUAGCAAUCAAAAAGCCUCUGAAGAAGAAAUGCUACAGUAGUAGUGUUUAAUUUAGCGUUGUCUGAUAUAUAUGCAUAUAAGCAUAUUGUACUUUGUCUCUUCUGAAUAAAAGCAACACUAUUAUUGUUUGCGCUGUAU